AUAAUAUUUAUGUUUUACGAAACAACAAGUUGUGGUUUCGUUAAUUCGAUCAUUUUCCUCAUUGCUCAAGUUGCUUCUCGAUAUCGAAAUCAAUAAAAAGUGUCAAAUAUAGGAUAAAGGUGGUUUCAGUAGACAUUUUUACACAGAAAACUGAUGGAAACUUACAAAUUUCUCUUUUGAUAAUAUCACUUUAUAUGUAAACACGUUAUGAAAGUUUUGAAAGUGAAUUCGAUCAAAUGGAUAAGGAUUAAGGCGUUUACGAAACAGAAAUGCCAUUAAAUAGAAUUUGGAUCUGUGUUUGGACAUGCUUAGUGUUAGCGGCGGCAGAGGGACCGCGUUGCCCUCCAUGGGCCACUCAAGACCAGUGUCAAGAAAACGGCUCCGUGGUCGAUGAGCACUUUUUUGUAGUCAAUGGUCAAAAACUGCAAAUAACCUCUGAUGUGCGAUAUUUUCAUCUCACUUGCCCGGAAAAUGUUUCCUUGGAAAGUGAAGUACUGCCGAGAUUCGAGAGAGCCGUCAAGGUGCUGUACGUGAAGCUGACCGCGUGCGCACCGCCGUCGCAGGGCUACGCCGCUGCGCUGCAGGCGCUCAACAUCUCGGUCCGCAGCACGCUAGAGCUGGAUAAAACACCCGCGCAACCCGAGCUGCGCGCAGUUCACUUACGCGACUUAGACAUCGCCUCGCUCGCUAUCUCGUCUGCCGCUGCACUUCUAAUACCCGACCCCGAUUUCGUCGAACCGCUGGUUACUCUGCGCAAUUUGCAACUCACCGGCGUCACACUUUCGCGGUCUGCCACGCUUCUCUUGCCACAGACGCUACAAUCGUUGAGUCUCAACAACGUCGGACUCGCGAGCAUCCCCGCCGAUGCGUUCGCACGCCUCCCCAAGCUCUCACGUUUCGUCGUGCGCGACGACCUUCUCCGAGAAGUGGACCUGAGCGCGGCGCCGGCGCUUGAAGUCGUGCAGCUGACCGCGCCCGUCGACGGCUUAACGCUCGGGCCUUCCAUCGAGAACGUGACUCUGCGCAAUGCUCAUAGCGCUGUCCUCCGCGGAAACUGCUCAUCAUUGCGGAACGUGGUCAUCGACAACGUGAUCACGGCGCUACCGGCCGGGUGGCUGUCGGCGUGCCCGGCUGUCGACACGUUACGUGUGUGGCGCGUGCGGAGCGGGCUCAUGGGCGCGGACGAGCUGCGGGGAGCGCGUGCGCUGCGCGUGCUGGAGGUCCGCCAUUGUGGGCUACGCACGUUGCAUCCGCGAUGGAUCGAAGACGCGCCCGCCCUGUACCGGCUCGAUCUAUCGUCAAAUGAGCUGGAGCAGCUCCCGAGCGAGCUCGUGGACGCGGCGCCGGCGCUAGAGGAGGUGGAGAUGUCGAGUAACAGACUCGGGCGGGCGGCGGUGGCGACGCUGGCGGCGCUGCCGGCGCUGCGCGCGCUGUCGCUGGAGCGCAACCCGCUCGCCGACCUCUGCGGCUCGGGCGAUGCCUACGUCGCUCACGUCAUGUCGCCGCUGUGGCAGACGCACUCGCUGCGCGCGCUGCGCCUCGCGCGCACCGGCCUCGCGCGCAUCUGCCGCGACUGGCGCUCCGACCUCGUGGCGCUCACCGACAUCGACCUGCGCCACAACAACAUCUCGCGCCUGGAGUUCGACGACCUGCAGUGGCGCCGCACGCACACGACCACGGUGGACGUGCGAGGCAACCCCGUGCGCGACGUGAGCUACACCCGCGACCAGUUCGCCGCCGUGCUCGCCGGCAACGUGUCCGACGACUUCGCCUCGUCUCGGUUGACGUCGCUGCUCCUCGACGCGCCGCUGAAGUGCGACUGCUCCGCGUACUGGUUCGCGCGCGCCGCCCGCGAGCGCCCCGAACACGCGCGCGCCGCCCUGCGCGACGCGCGCUGCGCGACCGGCGCCGCGCUGCUGGCCGUGCCGCCGCACGCGCUGCUGUGCGCGCUGCCCGCCGCGCUGGGCCCCUGCGCCGCCGGCUGCGCCUGCCUCGUGAGCGGCGAGCGCGCCGAGCUGCGCUGCGCGCGCGCCGGCCUGCGCCGCGUGCCGCGCGCGCCGCGCGGGCUGCCGGCGCGCGCGCUGCUGCUGCCGCACAACAACAUCUCGCGCCUCACGCCCGACGACAUCGCGCCGGAGCUGGAGGUACGAGCGCCCUCGACCGUCGAUCGUGCGGCUCGAGAGAUCGCGUCGGCCGAUGCGCCCUCGGAGUCGUCACAUUUUAGACGAUUUUUUCGGCCGCAGGUCCUCGACCUCUCCGACAAUCGGAUAGUCAGCAUCGACCCGGCGACGACGGCGGUCCUGUUCGACGGGAGACGCUCCGUGCGGCUCGCCGGCAACCCGCUGCGCUGCGACUGCGACUCGCUGCCGCUGCUGCGGGCGCUGGCGGCACACGUGCGCGCCGCGGGCGCGGAGGGCGCGGAGGGCGCGGGCGAGGCGCGGUGCGCGGGCGGGGAGGACGCGCUGGCGGCGGCCACGCGGCUGGCGGCGCGCUGCUCGCCCGCGCUGUGGCCGCUCGCGCUGGUGGGGCUGGCGCUGGCCGCCGCCUCGGCCGUGGCCGCCGCCUGCCUGACGCGCCCCGUCGCCCGUCAGCGCUUCAAGCGGUUCCUGUUCGAGCGCGGCCUGUGUCUCCGCUGGCUGCUGCGGCCGCUGCGCGAGGACGACGACUCGGAGCGGCCGUUCGACGCGUUCGUGUCGUUCUCGCACCUGGACGCCGAGUUCGCGGCGCAGCUGGCCACGCGGCUGGAGCGCGACGCGGGGCUGCGGCUGUGCCUGCACGAGCGCGACUGGACGCCGGGCCGCUGGAUCCCGGCGCAGAUCGCGGAGUCGGUGUCGCGCUCGCGGCGCACGCUGGUGCUGCUGUCGGAGCGCUUCCUGGCGUCCACGUGGGCGCGCGCGGAGAUGCGCGAGGCGUACGCGGCCGCGCUGCGCGACCAGCGCCCGCGCCUGCUGCUGCUGCUGCUGCCGGGCCUGCGCCCGGAGCUGGCGGCCGCCGCCGACGCCGACCUGCGCGCCUACCUCGCCUCCGUCACGUACCUGCGCUGGGACGACCCGCAUUUCUGGGACAAGCUGGUCCUGGCGAUGCCGCGGCCGCGCACGCGCGUCUCUCCCGCGCCCGCUCCGUCGCCCGCUGCCGCGCCCGCUCCGUCGCCCGCUCCCGCGCCCGCUCCGUCGCCCGCUGCCGCGCCCGCUCCGUCGCCCGCUCCCGCGCCCGCUCCGUCGCCCGCUGCCGCGCCCGCUCCGUCGCCCGCUGCCGUCGACCCGCCCGCGAAGACGCUCGCUCCUCCGCCGUCCGCCUGAUCGUUAUCGACUGAAUAUACGUAUUUGUUAUUUCGCGCAGAUACAUCGAUGGGCGGUUGUAACUCAUGCCUCUAUCGAAUGUUUGAAGGUCAUAAGACUUAGGAAAACAAUCCUCGCCGAAUGCCCCUUCAAGGGUCUCUCGAGGAUCUUUUAACUUCGAUAAGUGAUUGCCGCGAUUAUGUGACGGAAAAUUACGAAGGUGAUCAAGAACAAAAAACUUUAAUCUUCAGACUUCAGACAGAGCGUAUGUCUGUGUUCUUGUCGUGUCUGCGGAAAAUAUAUUUUUAUAAGUACUCGUUUUACUUGAUACGACGAAUAGUAUCAUGAAAAAUAGAUAACUAUUUUUGCUUCUAACAAUUUCGAUAAUACUAAGAUAUAAGUUAGCAACAUCAUCUCGAAUACUUAGAAUCUAAAGUGACAUUUUCUACUAAAAUAACUUUAAGCUUAGAUAGGAGAAAUAAUUAUACACUUAAAAUUUCUUUUAUGUUAAAGAGCUAGAAACAUUUUUUGUCAAUCAUGACGUUACACCAUAAAUAUUUUAAUUUUAUAAAUUAAAUGUAUUGGGAUUGAAAGUUAUGUGCCAUAAUUUUAUUGAAUCGACCUUUGUAAAUAAAGAUUAGAUAAAGAAGUAAAUGAACAAGAAUGUCUUACGCCAUCUUAUGAAUUUUUUAGUCUUAUAUUGUACAAGUUUCAGAGAAGUUUGGAUUGAUGAAUCGCUAUUUUCACAAAUGUUAUGUAAUAUCUUCCGAAAUAUGCAUUUUAUAAUCAUAACAUGUGUGUGUAUAAUGAUCACUACUGAGUUCUUGAUCGGGUUUAGGUACUAUUUACACUAUAUAUUAUUACUACAGAGUCCCCGCCGUAGACCCUACUCAUCUUGCGGCAUACUCUGACAUACUGUUAAAUAUUAUAUGCACAAUCAGACACAAUGGGAGUUAGACAUAGACAAUUUUACUUUAUAACAAGUAUUAUUGUAUGGCAAAAAAUAUACAUAUGUUUCUACUAGACUGACCAACAGAUGCGCAAGUGAUCACACAGGUCGGACAAAUACAGGGUUGUGUUUUAGUUUCGGAUGAACGGGGGGACACUCGAGCAGACGAAUUUAUAUUAGGUAUUAAUAAUAAGUUUAAAACGUGUUGUGGUUAUUCUACAAGUUGUACCGAAAUGUUAAAUGUAAUUAUACAAGUAUAAAAUU